AUGAUAGAAGAAUCAACUACUCAACAAAUAUUGACAUUUGAAAAUCCAGAAAAGACACCGACAACUUGGAAAAAGGAAAAAGUUUCCUAUAUAAAUCAGAAGGAAUUGGAGGAUCCAGAAAAAGAACAGUUGGAUGAGAAGAUAAACAACUCAGAACAACCACGUCGAUACGGAAGAAUAAAGAGACGACCCACCAGAUCUACAAGUCCUCUCAAAAAAAUGGUGACCAGACGAAUUCGCCAACAUCAAAUAAUAUAUAGGACAUUACAAGAAGAUUGGCUUGAUGACCCAAAAACCAGGACAUGGAAGACGAUUUGGUCAUCUCCAGUUCCUUUCCAAGGUGUCAGUUCUGCUUCUAGUCCAGGAGUUCCCCCUCAGAGCAACAUGACCAGCAAUCGGAGACUGCAGCAGACCCAGGCUCAAGUGAAUGAGGUGGUGGACAUCAUGCGGGUCAACGUAGACAAAGUAAUAGAAAGAGAUCAGAAGCUUUCAGAACUUGAUAACCGAGCAGAUGCUUUGCAAGCAGGGGCCUCACAAUUUGAAACCAGUGCAGCUAAGCUGAAGAGGAAAUACUGGUGGAAAAACUGUAAGAUGAUGAUUAUCCUGGGUGUAAUUUGUGCAAUCAUUCUUAUCAUAAUUAUAAGUGAGUAA